AUGGCAUCCCCAGGCAACAAAAUCGAAGCCUGGUCCCCGAACNCCUUCACCCACGCACCCAAUGCAGACGCCACAAACACCCGCACAAUGACAUCUCCACAAGCAAUCGCCGCGAGAGAGAAAUCGGCAGCGGUAAUGGCAGCGCUCAAAAAGGGUGACGCGGGUGAAGCAGACAGAUUGAUGGGCAAGCAGGAGAAAUAUGAUAGUUUGGUGCCUGGUAUCGCGAAACUGAAAAACAAGUUCCUGGGGAGUAAGAAGGAAGAGAACAAAAUCUAG